AUGGCCGUGCAGAACGCCACUGACACUGCAGAGCUAUGUCUGUGCUGGUUUUGUGCCUUGGCCGUUCGAGAUCACAACAUUCAUUGGCAUAAGCCGGCAGUACUGCGGCAGGCUAUUGCGCGGCCGCUAGCGUGGACGUGGCAGAAGUUCAAGGCUUAG